AUGCCAGUUGGCAUCAAACCCAAAGGCACAAAGUUUAACUCCAACAUUGUGAAACAUGACUUACAGGACAUACCAUAUGAGUACAGAGGGAACAGAGGUUUAAUAGAGGGAAACAAUCAGACUGCAGACAAUGACUUUAUCCUUUUAGGAUUUCAAGCCAGCCAACAUUCAAUUGUUUUCCUCUUCUGUCUUUUCCUGGUGGUUUACUGUGGGACAAUAUGUGGGAACCUCCUAAUCAUCACCCUGGUGUCCACCAGCAAGAACCUCCAGUCUCCAAUGUACUUCUUCCUUACACACCUGUCCGUCAGUGACAUCUGGUUAGCCACAGUUAUUGUCCCCAACAUGCUCUACAGCCUACUGAAUAAUGGGAGCACCCUUACUUUUAUACGCUGUAUGACUCAGUUCUUUUUUUUCUGUAUCCCAGAAAUAUUUGAAUGUUUCCUCCUCACAGUGAUGUCUUAUGACAGAUAUAUGGCCAUCUGUAAUCCCCUCCAUUACACCUCUAUUGUGACAAGUACAUGUUGUGUGAUAUUGGCCGGCACGUGUUGGGCGUUAGGUUUUUCCUGUGCAAUGAUUUUCAGCAUAACAAUAUCAACGCUGACAUUUUGUGGACCAAAUAUCAUUGAUUAUUUAUUUUGUGAUCUGGUUCCUUUAGUAGAAAUUGCCUGUUCUGAUACUCAUGGUAUUGAGCUAGAAGUCAUUGUGUUAUGCACAAUAGUGUUGUUCAUCCCCAUCACGAUAAUUAUCAUAUCUUAUAUUAAUAUUAUUGUCACCAUCUUACAGUUCCAGUCCAAUAUCAGUAGACAGAAAGCCUUCUCCACCUGUAGUGCCCACCUCACUGUAGUCAUCAUGUUCUACAGUACUUUACUGACUGUCUACCUUUUCCCAAAAGGAGGACCAUCUUUAAACCUUAGUAAAAUCCUAUCUCUGCUGUAUACUGUAUUUACUCCAUUGAUCAACCCCAUGAUAUACAGUUUGAGAAAUAAGGAAAUCAAAAAGUCUCUACAGGAGAUGAUAGAUAAAUGUAAAACAAUAUUAUAA